AUGUCGAAACCUCGAUUUUUGACACCGUGGGUGACGGCCGCGGACGGCCAGCAGCAGCAGCAGCAGCAGCAGCAGCAGCAGUAUCGGACUAUCUCCACUGACGAACUCGAAAGCGCCGCCGGCAGCGGGGGGAGCGGCUGGAGUAAUAACAACAACAAUAACAACGACAACAAGUAUCUGCGCCCAGCGGACUACAAUAGCAACACCACCCGGAUCGAAUCCACGGUGUCCAUCGGCACGAGCAAGCAGAUCCAACAACACCUCGACUCCGGGAAUGCGAUCUACUUUGGCGUGGACCCGCGGGACUGCAGUCGUAUCCGGCGGGAUACCACGCAGUGCUCCGAGUUCCUGGCAAAGCGGCUGCAGAGGUUCCAGCGUACCGGUGGCAGCGGCGCGGAUGAGCGCCGCUCGGUCUUGAUGAAGAUAGUCUGUGGACUCUCGUUGGACUGCGUGGCUAAGAUCACGCUGGUCGCGGGACUGUAUCUCGGCGCUCAUCUGUGCCUCACGGGAACGGAGACGUUUAUCGCAAAGAAGGCGGACCGCGAAGGCUUCUCAUUCCUAAUCGCCAUCCUCCAGAUAGUCUGGGGCGCCUACUUCUCCAGCGUGUGCAUCUUCGGCAUGUCGCUGAUGUGGGGCAAGUUCCGCCGCUCGCCGACCGCCGCGCUGCUCUUCAGCAUAAUCUGGACCUUCACGACCUUCGUGAUCCUCGUUACGGCGGGCCUCUUCUUCUACUUCUUCCACAGCGGGCGAUCGGCGCUGAUCUCCAACUGCCGAGCACGGACCGUGCGGGCCGGACCCCGACGCUGGGACGUGGGGCAGGACGCGCCGCGGCGCAGCGCGCCAAAAGACCGCAUCGAGGCGUGCAUCGAGAGCAUACAGAUGCGUGGCAUGGCGCUGCUGGUGUACGCCAUCGCACACCUGUUCAUGGCGCUAUUCGCGCUCGUUGUGGUCGCCUGGGCAAGGGACUACCGCGGAAGGCUACGCACCAUAGAACAGUUCAGACUGCUGCAGGAAAGGUACAAGUGCGAGGAUGAGAAGGUCGAGUUGGUCAUUGGGACAGUGCCCAUCGGGAUGCGCGGAAGGGCGCAGCAGGCUGAAAGGACGGCCGCGGCUUGUCCGCUCAGUGCAGGUACGCCCCGAAGUACUAGGCCCAGGACCUCGCUCAUGGACAUGUUCGGCGUGCUGCCGAUCUCCGGCAGGCGCUCGGAACUGUAUGCCACUGGGGGGCCGCCACCGUUGCCGGCACCGCCUCCACUCGCCGUGGUAAGAGAAGAGGGAUCGGUGGUUUCCACCGCGAAGGUCUUGUAG